GGACAGUUGCGGCCAGACAAUCACCCUGGCGUAGCAUUUUACUACAAUACUAGAAUAAGCCAACCUGCCCUGACUCUGUUGAAGACAGAGUCUGCAAAGUAACUUGGUCUUUCUCCCAACUCGUUUACCGACUGUAACUUGCCCAGCUCGCAUCUUAUUGCUUAUAUUGCACGGGGCUUUAGAGCCCCGGUGCAAAGUCCCUCGCGGCUAGCGGCAGAUUGCUUGAGCCUUGACGGCUUGAAGCCGCGAAAAGGGAAAGAUGGCUCGUAAUGAGGAGAAGGCGCAGUCUAUGCUGAACCGCUUCUUGGCGGGGAAGGUAGAAGAGAAGAAAGGCCCCAAGGCCAAGCGGCCCUACUUGGCAUCCGAGUGCCGUGACCUUGUUGAGGCGGACAAAUGGCGGUCACAAAUUAUCCGGGAAGUCGGCAAGAAGGUCAUGGAGAUCCAGAACGAGGGUCUGGGCGAGCACAGGAUUCGUGAUUUGAACGAUGAGAUUAAUAAACUCAUCCGCGAAAAGGGGCACUGGGAGCGGCGAAUCAAGGAGCUUGGCGGGCCAGACUACUCGCGGACGACCAGCAAAGUCACGGACAGCAAAGGCAUGGAGGUGGCGGAGAUGACAGGUAAGGGCCGCGGCUACACGUAUUUUGGAGCCGCCAAGAAGCUGCCGGGCGUGAAGGAGCUGUUCGAGGCGGAGCCUGUCAAGCAGGUGCGGCGCUCCCGCUACGCCAUGCACCGCUCCAUCGACCCCGACUACUACGGCUUCCGCGACGAGGAGGACGGCGUGCUGGAGCGGGUGGAGGAGGAGGCGGAGAAGCUGAUGCGCAUGCAGGCUGUGUUGGACUGGGAGGAGAAGGAGGCGGAGCGCCAGGCGGCCGUCAAGUCGGGGGCGGUGGGGGGCAAGGGCGGCGCGGGCGGCGGCACGGGUGGCGCGGAGGGCGAGGAGCGCUUUAUUGCGUACGUGCCGCUUCCGGACCAGCAGGCCAUUGAGGCCAAGAUCCUGGAGAUGAAGCGCACGGACCUGCUCAGUAAGUACACAAGCGAGGCGCUCAUGCACCAACAGGCGGAGGCCAAGAGCUUGCUCAACAAGAAAUGAGGCGGCUGGGCAUUGGGCUUCGGAUGUGGAGUGGGUGUCGAAUGGAGGUUUGGGCUGGUGUGGAUUAGUGACGUUGCGUGAGAGGCUGGUGUGCUUACAGGGAUCGGGAUAGGGUGUACGGAGGCGCGCGAAGGUAUCAUGAUCAACAGGAAGCUCUGUGGGAUCCUACAUGCCGUAUUGUUGCUUUUGGUCUGAAGUUGCAAAGCUUCUCCGCUGAUCCUCGUACCUGGCUAUAGCCUCGCUGCUUCUUGACAAGAAAGGAACCCCUCCCUCAAGGAUGCGGAUUACAAUUGAAGGGACAGCCCGACAAGCGGGGGCACGCCGUACCCACGCCGCGAAGGGCCAUCUGCCAGGGGGGGGGUAGGAAACAAAGUGCCAGACCCCAUGCCCCGAAAUCCCCCGGGACCCCCCUUGAGGGGACGACCGACCCCCCGACGGACAAAACCUUGUUGUUCAGGGGUUAAAACCCCUCCAUUUAAUACCAAAGUAGU